AUGGCCGAUCCAAAUGACUUCAAUCCACCUUUAGGAGGAUCAAGUUACAAUCUUCCUUCAGUUAACAGUAAUAAUCAUCAACAAUACUCCUUAUCCGCCGCCGGCAAUGAUCAUUUCGAUCAUAAUCCCUUAUCCUUUGUAUUCUCUACCGCAUCUCAGCAUGAUCAACAACAGCAUUUAGCCCAACAACGCCCGUUACAUACAGAUGCUUCGAACAGUCGUGGAGCAGAGCGGCAUGCCGAACAUAUACAAAUCUCACCUACAGCGCCUUCGCAAACAACAGAAGGUGGUAGACCUUUGAGAUCUAGGAAGAAUCGUCCUUGCGACUCAUGUCGUAAAGGGAAAUCAAGAUGUUCAAUUGGACCUCAAGGUCCACCGUGUACACAUUGCUCAGAAACCAAUAAAUCAUGUACAUUUGAUCUCGCUCCUCCACCUAGAAAACCUCGUCAGUCAAGACCCGACACAGGGACGGAAUCCCCUGACGAUCCUUCUUCCAGAUCUUUCGGUGCAGUCGUCACUACUAACUCUCGGCGUAAUACACAAAGCAGAAAAAGAAUCAGAUCUAUCAGUGAAUCAGAGGAUACACAGGUUAGACCGGAGACAUCAUGGCGUAGAAAUUUGAGAGGUUUGUCACUGUCAACAGAAACGGCUACCCAGAGUCCAGCAAUGUCUGGUCUAGAUGUUUUAGCUUCUGCUGUUCCAUCUUUUGAUAAUUUGGCAGAAUCAGAUUAUGAACCUCAUGUCUUGACCAACCCCCUGACCGAUGAUCUACUUCCAAUCGUAUUGGACAAUUCUUCCAAUGACGAUUCUCCUAAAGAAACGGAUCGAGCACAAGUCAAACAGAUAUCUUCCGAUCCUAAUCGACCUAUCUUCGUAGUACUCAAUCCCAAACCCGAAGUGGUGAAUACAAUCGUACCUGGUGUUCAAUCACUUGCGCAACUUCGGACUUUACUGGUCGCUCACCCAUCAGCCAUAUCAGAGGCUUCCAUGAUACAGUUGUAUCAGGCUCAGAUACAUCCUGCGUGGCCAAUCUUACCUCAUGGCAAAGUCGAACAUUGCAAACCUCAAUUGCUAGCUGCAGUUCUGACAUCCACUUUCAGCCACUCAAAAGAAAGUCGCUCGCUGGCUGCUCUCGCGAUUGGUCUACUGAUAGGGUCAUCGUCCGGACAAACGGAGAACAAUCUCGCAGGAGUAGCUGCUUCUGUUUUGGAAUUAGGAAUGAGACCUAUAAAUAAUUGCCGAUCGAGCUACAUGCAGCUUGCCAGAACGAUAGCACUUGCUCAACUGCUUGGAAUGCAUCUAAACCCUCUGAAAUGGGCUAUACCAACAUGGGAAAAAGAACUGCGUAUGAGACUAUGGUGGUGCUUAGCAAUUCAUGAUUCUUGGAUGAGCUUUCUCAACUCGCGACCUUGUCAUAUACAGGCUUACAACACUACAGUCCCGUUGCCUUCCUUAUCGUCCGUCCUGCUUGCAUCCUGUGCUCACGGAUCGUCCUCCUCAGACAGCGCGAGAUCGUUCAUUGCUUCAUGUCGUCUAUCCGAGCUUGUCUGUCGUCUGCAAGCCGAAGUGGGGACUUUGGGAGCAGUAUCAGGAAGAAGUGCCGAACAGAGAAAGGAAGAAGUGGAGGAAAUUGGCAAACUUGCGGAUAAGCUUCUCAACGAAUGGAAAGAGCAUCUAUCAACAUAUCGACCAAGACCGACCGGUGUUCCAUCAUUAUUGCUUCACCUGCUGGGACUUCGUUGUAUGCUAAAACGAAUACAUAUCGAGCUGGAAUAUGGUUUCGGUGGUAUGUUCACUCCGGGAGAAGAAAUGUUAUCGCCCUUCCAUGAUUUCGUCAAAUUCCUAAUCAGUCUAUCAUCAGAAGAACUCGAUGGAUACUUCUUGAAUUAUGCUUCUCAUAUCCUUUCUUCAGUCACAUCAUCUCUAAUCCGUUUAACGCUUGCAUCUUCCUCGAACCCUCCUAUACCCGCUAUGGACGUGUUGGCUACUCUGAUUCGUACGCUUCGGGUUUUUCAAUCGGAGCAUAAAUGGGAUGUCGCUGUACCUGCUAUCCGGCGGGCUACAGCUGUUGCCACUAGACUCAAGGGCCAUGGGGAGCACGAGGAACUGUGUGAAGCUCUACUCGGCGGAAUGACCUCUACGCCAAGGACUGCGACGACAGAGGUCAACGUACUGGCGACGACUCAGAUGACGGAACCGAUCGCAGAAGCUAUAGAACCUCAACUGCUGUGGGGUGUAGGCGGUAUGGACUGGGGUGUCGGGGGGAUGGACUGGGGUUUAGGUGAUUUGAAUUUCGAGGCACUGCUUGAUAUUCCUAUAACUGAAUGA